CCAACGCAUAUUAAAAGUUAGACAACGGACGUUUGUCUCAGUUUGUUUCUUAUAAUUUGCAUUUUCCAACAAUAGUAAUUGUGAGUCGUUUAGUUUCAUUAUUUUUAAUUAUUUAGCAGGCUAUUUUAUUUCCAUAAAUACAAUGUCUUUACCGUUCUAAUGUUAUGUUUGCAGACCGAGGAAAGUGUGAGGCGCAAUAGUGAGAGCGAGGGUGAUGCAGAGUCUCCAGAACAUGACCCUCACUUUGAACCUGUUCUAUCGUUGCCUCUAGUGGAUAUUCAGACUAACGAAGAAGAUGAAGAAGAGCUAGCAAAAAUCCGCGCCAGGCUCUACAGAUACGACACCGCCGAUCAUGAAUGGAAGGAACGCGGUACUGGUGACAUAAAAUUACUUCGCCACAAGUUAAACAAUACAGUAAGAGUUGUAAUGCGACGAGACAAGACACUAAAAGUGUGUGCAAAUCAUUUUAUAACUCCUGAUAUAAGAAUGAAUGUGCACUGUGGUUCUGACAAGGCUUUUAAUUGGUCUGUUUUUGCGGACUUUGCUGAUGAAACUAUGAAACAGGAAUUGCUGGCUAUAAAGUUUGGCACUGUGCAGAAUGCUGAAUUAUGGAAAGCAAAGUUUGCCGAAGCCCAAGAAAUUGUAAGAACAAAAUGUAUUCUGUAUACCCAAGAUCUAUCAUCAGAUGAUGAGAGUAGUAUCACUAGAAGUGAAGACACUGAUACUCCUGAACCUAAAACUACCGACAAAGGUGAUGAGGAUUCAAAGAAAGACAGUCUAGAAAGUGAUGGUGUGGUUCUGAAAUUAAAAGAACUGAAAGUGGAUAGUGAAAAAUCUGACUAAAACAAGCAUUUAUGAAUGUGGUCUAAGAGAUCUUAUUCCUGUAGCAUGGACAGUCAAAAUAUAAAUUUAAAAAAUAUAAGUAGACUAAUAUUGCAUUAAAAAUGCAUAAUGCAGUUAUUAGUAGUAUUUUUUACAUUGCGCUUCAUUUCUGUACCUUCUGCAGCGUAUGAGACUGUUGGACAAUGCAAAUUUAAAUAAUUUCAGACUACAAUCUCUUGUUUAGUUUACUUUGAAUUUCCAUUAUAUUUAGUGCUAUAUUUUUUAGUCAUAAAAGGUAUGUUCUUUAUUAUUAGGUAUUAUGCAUUUUAAAGUAGCAUUAAAGUUAGAUUUAAUAUUUUUAUAUUAUUACAUUCACUAGGGACUAUUUUUAUUAAGGCUAUUGUUGUAACCUACAUACCAUUAUGAUUGGAUUGGAAAUUUAAUACAAGCUGAUAUGAUUUAAUGUUUUUAAGUACUGUAGCUCACUUGCGCAUUGUUUUUGUCAUAAUCCAAAAAUUGUAAGUAAAAGUAAUCAGGUCUUUCCUGUUCUUUUAUAUGGCCAAUGACAUAAAAUAUUCAAAUUAUUUGUAUAAAUAAGACAAUUAAAUUACAUAAAACAAC